AUGGAGAACAGAGGGAGGCAUUUCCUCAGUGACCACAGCACUGCUGUCGUCAGCAGUGGGGUCAUCCUCAUCAAUACCGAGACCGAGUUUGAUCAUCCUGUAGAUCCUGUUGGCGUGCGUCUGGGGGUCCUCCAGGCUGAAGCCCGAAGACAGGAGGGCGGUUUCGUACAGCAGGAUGACCAGAUCCUUCACAGACUUGUCAUUCUUGUCAAGGAGAAGUACAUCGAUCAAGAAGAGCUGAACAAGACAAAGCCUAUCUGGACCAGAAACCCUGAUGACAUCACUAACGAGGAGUACGGAGAGUUCUACAAGAGCCUGACCAACGAUUGGGAGGAUCACUUGGCGGUCAAGCAUUUUUCAGUUGAAGGACAGUUGGAAUUCAGAGCCCUUCUUUUUGUCCCAAGACGAGCUCCUUUUGAUCUGUUUGAAAACAGAAAGAAGAAGAACAACAUUAAGUUGUAUGUUCGCAGAGUUUUCAUCAUGGAUAACUGUGAGGAGCUAAUCCCUGAAUACCUGAAUUUCAUUAGAGGUGUGGUGGACUCUGAGGAUCUUCCUCUGAACAUUUCCCGUGAGAUGUUGCAACAAAGCAAAAUUUUGAAAGUUAUCAGGAAGAACUUGGUCAAAAAGUGCUUGGAACUCUUCACUGAACUGGCAGAAGAUAAAGAGAACUACAAGAAGUUUUAUGAGCAGUUCUCUAAAAAUAUUAAGCUUGGAAUACAUGAAGAUCCUCAAAAUCGGAAGAAGCUUUCAGAGCUGUUGAGAUACUAUACUUCUGCUUCUGGUGAUGAGAUGGUUUCUCUCAAGGACUAUUGCACAAGAAUGAAGGAAAACCAGAAACACAUCUAUUACAUCACAGGUGAGACGAAGGACCAGGUAGCCAACUCUGCCUUUGUGGAGCGUCUCCGGAAGCACGGCUUGGAAGUGAUCUACAUGAUCGAGCCUAUUGAUGAGUACUGUGUGCAGCAGCUGAAGGAGUUUGAGGGGAAGACCUUAGUGUCAGUCACCAAAGAGGGCCUGGAACUUCCAGAAGAUGAGGAAGAGAAAAAGAAACAAGAAGAAAAAAAGACAAAAUUUGAAAACCUUUGCAAAAUCAUGAAGGACAUUUUGGAGAAGAAAGUUGAAAAGGUGGUUGUGUCUAACCGGUUGGUGACAUCCCCAUGCUGCAUUGUGACAAGCACAUAUGGCUGGACAGCAAACAUGGAACGGAUCAUGAAGGCUCAAGCCCUGAGAGACAACUCAACGAUGGGUUACAUGGCAGCCAAGAAGCACCUGGAGAUCAACCCUGACCAUUCCAUCAUCGAGACCUUGAGGCAAAAGGCAGAGGCUGACAGGAAGCUGGCAAGCCCCAGCGGGAUGGCCAAACCCCAAGAGAUAGGAGAGCAGGAGAAACAGCCUGGCAGAGGCCCGGAGAUGCCGGCUGGCGUCAGUAAUUUCCUGCAGGAGAUUCUGCCGGCCGAGUGCACAUCACCCUUCUCUCGCCCCUCCAUCUUCUCCCAUGUGCUGUUCAAAUAG